CCUCCGUUGAAUCGCAUGAUUCGUGUUUUGCGUUUUUUGGCAAACGACGACGACAGUCAGCCAAACGGAGAAAAGACAAAAGCGAUUGUGCAUUCAUCAAGGCCGCUGUAUCUAGCACCGCAUUUCAAAAUAGGAAAAAAUUGGCGUUUGAGUGAGAAAAGUUUUCGAUACAAUCUGUGAUUGGCUUGAUAAUUCACCUAGAAAUUUAGUAGUGAUACCAAUUAUUGAGAGAAAAUGACGGAUACAACAGUGUCGAGUAAAGCGGCCGAUGCACUCGGAUCGGAUUGGAUUAAAAAAGCCGAAGAUCAGGAAAUUUCAACACUGGUCAAUGAGUUGAGUAUCGAUAAAGGGAAAAAGGAUGUUGAAAGCCCAACAAAGGAAAAGGACCCCUCUUCAGAAGAGGCCAAUACUAAUACGACUUCAGUAGCUGCUGCGGUGGCAGCUGCGGAGCCGGCAGCUAAGGUGGAAGUAGCGGCUGCUAGUGAAAACGGAGAGACUGCCAGUUCUACAGAUGAAUCCGAGGCUUUCAAUCCUGCAGAUGCCAGCUUGCUGAUGAAAAUUAUUCGAAAAGGUUUGGUGGAAUCCAAGUUGGAUUUGGAGGUACAGCGAAAGGAUCCCACUUCCCCACUGUAUUCGGUUAAAACAUUUGAAGCUUUGCAUCUGAAACCAGAGCUCCUACAGGGAGUGUAUGCUAUGGGAUUUAACGCUCCGUCGAAGAUUCAAGAGACUGCGUUGCCAACGCUGCUGGCUGAUCCUCCGCAGAACAUGAUCGCUCAGAGUCAAUCUGGUACGGGUAAAACGGCUGCUUUUGUGUUGGCCAUGUUGAGCCGAGUCGAUCCCCGAAAGAACUAUCCACAGGUGAUUUGCCUAUCGCCGACAUACGAGUUAGCCAUCCAGACCGGUGAGGUAGCCGCCAAAAUGGCUAAGUUCUGUCCGGAGAUUAAGCUGCGGUACGCCGUUCGAGGAGAAGAAAUUGCCAAGGGUUCGAAGUUAACCGAUCACAUCAUCAUCGGGACGCCAGGGAAAUUGUUGGAUUGGAGCAUCAAGUUCCGUGCGUUUGAUCUGAAGAAAAUUACGGUUUUUGUGCUGGACGAGGCGGACGUCAUGAUUGCUACCCAGGGCCACCAGGACCAGUGUAUCCGAAUACACAAACAGCUGUCCUCGCAGUGCCAGAUGAUGUUUUUUUCGGCCACGUACGAACGGGAGGUCAUGGAUUUCGCCGAAUAUAUCGUUCCGAAUCCGAUCGUCAUUCGGCUGGCAAGAGAGCAAGAAUCGUUGGACAACAUUAAACAGUACUACGUGAAGUGUCGCAACCAGGACGAGAAAUAUCAGGCCAUUUCAAACAUUUAUGGAGUAAUCACCGUUGGACAGGCGAUUAUCUUUUGUCAUACGCGCAAAACAGCCAGCUGGCUAUCGGGAAAGAUGUCAACGGAUGGCCAUUCCGUAGCAGUCCUGUCCGGUGAACUGACGGUCGAGCAGCGGCUGGCCGUGCUGGAUCGAUUCCGUGCCGGUCUGGAGAAAGUUCUGAUCACAACGAACGUGCUAUCGCGAGGUAUCGACGUCGAACAGGUCACCAUCGUGGUCAAUUUCGAUCUACCCAUGGAUCAGCACGGUCGUGCCGAUUGCGAAACCUAUUUGCAUCGAAUCGGGCGCACCGGUCGGUUUGGUAAAAAUGGUAUCGCGAUUAAUUUGGUGGACAGCGACCGAAGCAUGGCGAUCUGUCGAUCUAUCGAAGCACAUUUCCAGAAAAAGAUUCAUUUGUUAGACGCUGAGAAUUCGGACGAAAUUGAGAAGAUUGGAUCAUAAGCUGCUGCAAACCCUCCAGUUCACUUGAUAUGGUGAAAAUACGCAUACGAAUUUGAUUCCACUCAAUUUUGACUACACGAUUACGGAGUCGAGCAGAAUAUAUUAAGUUUAUAAUUUCAGCAGCAAAA